CUUGCUCCCAACGGUCACCUCGUCCAGCAAAGCCGCCCCUCGUCGCCUCCGUCGCCCCUCGUCGUUGCCCCCCGACUUUAGCCCCUAGUAUCAACAGCAGAAGCAAUGGACAAGUCGCUUGAUGAGCUCAUCACCUCCCGUCCCCGUGGUGGCCGUCGCGGUGGCGCACGUCGUGGCGCUGGCGCGAAGGCGCAGGUGCUCGGGACCAACCGCCCGAAGGUGCCAGUUGUGACCGGGCGCCCGGCAGCCGUGUCCACGCAGCCGUCCGACAAAAUCAUCGUCUCCAACCUCCCCCUUGACGUGAACGAAGCCGCUGUGAAGGAGCUCUUCGCCACCACUGUCGGUCCCCUCCGCUCCGUCAUGAUCCACUACGACGCGGGCGGUCGCUCCAAGGGCAUCGCCGUCGUCAACUUCCAACGUUCUGGAGACGGCAACAAGGCCUACCAGCAGUACAACAACCGGCUCAUCGACGGCAAACGCCCGAUGAAGGUUGAGAUCGUCUUCGACCCCUCGCGCCCCGCCGCGCAGUCUCUGGUUCAGCGCGUCGCCCCUGCGGCGGCUGCGGCAGCUCCUACUAACGCUCCUGCUAGGGGCGCAGCGGGUGGACGUGGACGAGCUGGCCGUCGCGGUCGUGGUGGGCGCCGCACGAGCGAGCGUCCGCCCAAGAGCGCUGCUGAUCUGGAUGCCGAGAUGGAGGAUUACACCCAGCAGGCGAGCGCACCAGCCGCUGCCGCCUAAGGUUUGGGUAUGUAGGAAUGCCCAAGGCGGGCUUGUCUCUGUUGUUCUGUGAUCCCCUUUUCAAAGCUAGUGAUCCUCUUCUCAUUGCUAUCGAGCCCCGUUCUCAUAGCUGGUGGUACUCUUCUCGUCGCUAGUGAUCCCCUUCUCAUCGCCACUGUACCGCUAAACCGCUUCUCUGGUCAACCUAUGUGUGCAUUCCGUCUGUCGUUCUCGUCGCCUUGUCGUUACCCGUAUCUUACAUAUAAACCCACCACCAUGGACUCAUGAUAUACUUAUGGCGCUGCGCUGAA